AGGAGGGUAUCGAAGCGUGUAGGACGCCCUGCUUGGUUGAAUCGCUCAGCAACUAUGACAGAAUAUGAGGUUGCAGAGUAUAUGGUAAGACUCGACGGAGUUCAGCACCCAGCGCUCCUAGGCAGGCCGGGAACGGGUGUGGUUUUCGAUGGCAUCAGGAAGCAAUGGGUGUUGGAAUCUGACAGAGACAGCGCCGCGCUACCUUACGAUGAUAUUUACCAUGCUGCAUUCGAGGCCAGAGAUCAACUCUUGGAAACUUGCAACAGAUAUCGAGAGAAGAUGAAGCUACCAGUGAUCGAUUUCAAUGCCAGUCACAAUUGGAAGGAAGUCGAAGACUCGGUGCAGAAUGCAUGCGUCGGGCUCGAAACCCUGGCUACUAAGGACAAAGAGAUAUCAGGUUGGCAGGGCAAAUUCAAACGAGCAUUCCGAGGUCUAUGCAAUAACGCAGGAGCGGGAAGAACUGCAGCGAAUCUAAUACCCAACGACUCGUUUGGCCUAACUUCGGUCCUCUGCGGAAGUCUGAAAGUGGUAUUCACUGGCUUACAAGCCACCGGCCGACAUCGAAUUGAAGUAUACAGAACUUUGGAAGACUUGCCUCAGCGGUUGAAGGAUAUAGCGGCGGAUGUUAGCAUGAACUAUUUGGAUAGGCAGAUCCACCAACGUGCUGCAGCAUUAUAUGCUGCCGCCUUCAAACUUUUGAAUCAUAUCCUCCUGUGGUUCCUGAAGAGCAAUAUGCGGACUGGUGUAAAACUGUUACUUGACCCAACUGGGUUCAUGGACAGACUCCAAGAUUUGCAGGCGGAGCUGAAAACUGCCUCUCAGAGUUUUGCCGCACGCCUUGACAAGCUUACUCGAGACUCGGUGCAAGAGACACAGCAAUUCACCUAUUCAAGCGCAUACUCGAUCCACACAAAACUCCAACAUAUUGAGCAAGCGAUCUCGGAUGAAAGAGGCGCUCGACUCGAAGUGCUGGAGUCGUUGAAGCUAGGAUUGAAGAUGGUACGGGAUGAGCUUCAAGAGCGGAACACGUCGACACCAGAUCGCAAGCGGAUCAAGGAAAUACCUGCUAUCAACCCCGAAAAAAUCCUGAGGCGCUUUUCUUACGAAUCUGAUCUAGUUAUUGAGGAUUCCCGCAACCUGGUGAAUCGAGCGAAACAGUCACGUCGAACAAGUCGUGACCCAGGGCGUCUCAUCGCCCUCCACAACAACCUUCGUUUGCAAGCUUGGCUGGCUGUAGACGAAUCGUCCCUUCUUUUUCUGAAUGGUCGAACCGAGUCGCGACCAGAUUCGGCAGUCUCGUUCUUCUCAGCACAAGUAUUCCAAGCUCUUCUGGAGUCUCAUGGCAAGAACGUGGGUGUUGGGGAUGCCGAGAUAAGGAUCAUACCACUGGCAUUCUUUUGUGGACAACAUCGAGACUUGCAUACAGACAGCAAUGCAAACCCCGAAGAAAUGGCCAUGAGUCUUCUAUUACAGCUGAUAGAUCGGGGUCGGAACGACCUAGACAGUGCCACUUUGCAGCAGUGCUACGACAAGACCAAAGGAGGCAACGUGGAGUCUAUUUGUUCCAUGUUUGAAACGGCCGUGACGAGCCUUGGGCCCCGGGUACUGUUGGUAGUCAUGGUGGAUGGAUUGCGCUUCUUCGCACAGCCAGGUGCUCGAGGCCAGGAUACCCGGAACGUGAUAUGGCGGCUCCUCAGGCUGUUCAGAACCGAGUCGGACGCUAAAAUCAAAGCACUGUUUUCGAGUCCCACAAAAUGCGACUAUCUUGAAGACCUAUUCGACGAGCACGAGGUGUUGGCCCUUCCGCGGGAGCUAGCGGGCGGACGCACGAAGUCUCCAGUCGAGUACAGACUGGCGUUGGAUGAGGAGGAGAGUGGGGAGGGAAGUGAUUGA